CCGUACAGUAGAGGGAAGCGAAAACGCUUUGCUGAAACAUGUUUCAUAACUUAGGUAGCAUAUUGUAAACAUAUCCUUUAAGGCAGUCAGCUGUAAGUUAAUAUAUAAAGGUUUAAAAUAAUUCAAAUUGGAAACAUAUUUGGGUAGUGUAAUAACUGUAUAAAGUGUUUCAUGCACAAUGAACUCUGUUUACAAGUGUCUGUUUUCUGGUCGCGCUCUUGCAUCGUUUGUGCUCAGUUGUACUGGUGGCUUUUUUGGCAGUAUGCUAACAACGUUUGGCGUAGUAUGGCUUGUUUGUUUAUCCCCAGAAUAUUGCAGUGGAGAUCAACUUCCUUCUUGCCUCCCAAAAGAUUACCACUUUGAGUUCACAGAAUGUGACAGUUACGGGGGUCGAUGGAGAGUGUCAGUGCCUAUACCUAACAGAUGUGUGAGUGGAGCACCCAACCCACCCACUAGGGUGGAUGACUGCAGGACAUCCUGUGAAGCAGGAACUUACUACAACCGAACUGGUCUAGACUGCUUGCCCUGCCCCCCAGGAACUUAUUCACUUGGUGGAGGUGUCAAGUUUGAUGCAUGGGAUGAACUCCCUCAAGGCUUUCAUGUAACAGUAGAGACAUUUGAAAGUAAUUUUCGUUCAUUUAAGCAAAAUAUGGAAGGUUCUCACAUCAACUGUUCAGAAUAUGCCUGGGUACCUAUGGGUGCUUACAUUGCAUCUCAUGGAGGGCCAUGUGUCACAUCUCUAACUUAUUCUGUCAAACUUGUGAAACCGGGUAUUCUCUCAUACUCAUAUGAAUAUGUUGAUGAUAGCAUUAUUUUUAACUUUGAGGCUCAGAAUGAACAAUGUCAGUCUAUUGAUGAAGUGGAAAAGUACAAGUGGCCCUCAACAUCUGGGGAAGGACAGUGGAAAACUGUGACAAUGGAAUUGAAAGCUGGUCUGAAUGUUCUUUAUUGGAAGACUAUUGGAAUGGGGAUGUUGAACAGAGAUGGUAGGAAACCUAGGCCUUUGAGGAUAAAAUCCAUCACCAUUACAGGAGUAGCUUAUACCUCAGAGUGUACCCCUUGUGAGGCUGGAACCUAUAGCAGCCAGGGCUCAAAACUCUGUACUCCAUGUAAAGAAAACACUUACUCAGAACGUGGGGCUGCUGCAUGUUUAUCAUGUAACACUGUUAUUCAGUAUGCUCCCAAAGGCUCAGCUAAAUGUGUGGAUCGACCUCCUUGUACAAAUUAUGAUUAUUAUGAACUGAAAACUCCUUGUGAUGACAAUAAACAAACUGAAAUACAUUUUGAGUGGAUCAAACCCAAGAUAUGUCGAGAUGAACUACAGGGUUCUGCCAAGCUUCCAGUGUCAGGCACAAAAAUAGACUGUCCACCAUGUAAUCCUGGCAUGGAAUAUUCCAACAAGUCGAUGUGUGCUUUUUGCCCAGAAAACCACUAUUCUGAUGGCUAUUCAGCUUGUCAACGUUGCCCAGCAUCUACAGCACCUAAUUAUGGAAUUUUUUUCAAAUGGUGGCAUGAAUUUCCUCCAGGUAUAUCAGCCCGAUGCUUGACUUUGGAAGAUGGAGGAUGCCAGACUAAGGCAGCAUGGCAACCAGAAGGAAACUUUAUACGUAGUGGAUUUGGACAUAGGGAGGAUGCUUAUCUUAUUCUUUCUCUAGAAGUCUUAGGCUUUAGAACUAAAGAACGGCUAGCAAAUGGUCAAGCUGCAGAAAUUGGAAGAGUCAGUUUUACAUUUGAAGUGGACUGUGAAAAAGAAUGCGAGUUUGUAUUUAUGCAGAGUUCACUGCAGAGAGGUGUGGCAGUUAUUGAAACUUGGUCUGGUCGACAAAAGAAACAACAUUACAGUUACAAAGUGACACAAGAUGGUCCUUACACCUUUAGUUGGGCCUUUCAAAAACUUGGUAGUGACGGAACAUGGAAAAGGUGGUUUAAUACAGCUCUUACAGAGGAAGUGGAUGAUAAGGCCAUAAUCUAUGAAAUAUCAGUCACUAACAGUAAAAAUGGUGGAGCCUCAGAGUGUUUGCCUUGUCCUGAAGCAACUGAAGGAACUGGGUGUAUUCCAUGCCCACCAGGACAUUAUAUCAGUAGUAAGGACACAUUAGAAUGCUCCCAAUGUCCCCCAAAUACUUAUGUAUCAGAACCAUUACCAUAUGGAAUAAAAUCCUGUAAACAUUGUGGUCCUGGACUUCAGUCAGAAAAUUCAGAGAGCUGCUAUAGUGAUUGUCGUAUCUUCCUUGCUGAUGGGCAAGAGUUUGAUUUUUCUGUUUUACCUGUGUUUAAUGAAAUUCGUGGAAGCCCACUAUUCACAGCAAGUGGUACCCAGUACUUUCAUGUAUUCAACAUAAGUCUUUGUGGCCAUGAUGGCAAGCCAAUGGCAGUGUGUAAGAAUAACGUUUCUUAUCAUGAGACUAUUGGAGAGAUACAAAAGGAAGAAGAGAUACAGGCUAUGAUCUGCAGAUCUACAUUAGUGCCGUCAUCAGAAGGAGGAUCAUCAACUCUUGCUACUCAAUCUGUCAGCCUUGGAGAUACUUUAAUUGGAAUAACAACUAGACCAGUCUACAACAACAUCAGCAUAGUCAAGGAGUUUGUAGAAGGUCAAGCCCAUCAAAAUGACAUUCAUUUCUACUAUUCCUCUUCAACCCCUACCCAAGCCUGCAAGUCUGGACGUGCAACCACCAUUACUCUUCACUGUGAUAAGAACCUAGAAGGGAAUGGAACAGUGCUGCUACCUACUUCAUGCCCAGAUGGGACAUGUGAUGGGUGUAACUUUCAUUUCAUGUGGAAGACACAAGUAGCAUGUCGUAUAUGUAUGGAAGAGGAUUAUGAGGUAGUGAAAGGAGAGUGUUUGCAUGGAGUACAAACCCUACACUACAUAUCUCCUCAAGGCUGCAUAUCUCGAAAUGGAGUAGGGACCACUUUGACACGAACACAGCCUUGUUCUGCUAUUCCUAAGGAACUACAGGUUAUUAUUGGUAUAACAAUUGCUCUAGGGAUUUUAUUGUCAACCAUGGUACUCUAUUUCUGGAAGAAGAACAGAAAGCUUGAAUAUAAGUAUAUGAAAUUGGUACAGUCAAGUUCAUCCAAGGAAGGUGAGCUUCCAUCAGCAGAAAGUUGUGCUAUUGAUGAUGAAGAAGAAGAACAGUAUGACAGUGUUGCAUUUACUAAUAAGGGAAAUGGGCUUUUAGGAAAAUUCCGAGCCAUUCGAAUAGGCAACAGUAAGGAUGGAGGUGAUACCCAAUUCGAAACUAUCCGGUUAACACAGAAGGACACUUUGUCAUAAGGGUUGCAUAAGAGGAAGAAUUUCUUUUAUAUACCCACUGUCCACUUUGCUCUUUGGGAAGACAUGACACUGAGUGCCUGUCUUUUCAGCCAUCUUACUGCUUCCUCCUUGAUUAUGGGUAUUUUGUAUGUUUAACCUUGUACAACAGUUGUGUAUUUUGUGACACAGCUUUUAAAUUUUGAGAGUUGAAUGUAUUAGGAAAAGAAACUUUUUGUUGAUAUCUAUAAUCUCACAUUAAAAAUACAAUUAUCUUCUGAUAUUUAUUUAUUACUGAUCACUAUAUUGUGAAUUUACUUAUGUUAUUGAAUGUUUAUAUUUCCAGUAUGUAUGUGUAUUUUUUUUUUCAUGUAUAUUUUUCUCUUUUGAAAAUCUUUUUUUUUUAAAAGAUAUUUUAAGUUUUUAUUUUUACAUUGUCUUAUAAGUCAAGCCUCAUGAUUGAACUGGUCUUGAGUCUGAGUAUUGACACAUUAUAUAUAUACAUUUCAUUUAUCUGUCAGAUAUUUCUUAAUUUAUUUUCAGUAUAAGUUGCACAGUUAGUGUGAGGUAAUAUAUAAAAACUUCAUCUAUAUAUCAGUAAUUCCUGCCUUUUUCUUUCACUAGACGUUUCAAGGUUUAGUAUAAUUAGGUACAUAUAUAUAUAUAUAUAUAUACCAACAAAUUCUGCUUUUUCCCUUCACUUAAAUGUUUUAAUGUUUAGUGUGCUUCAGAGAAUAAAAGUUUGAUUUGUCUUUCAGCAACUCCCUCGAUCAGUAAAAGAUUGAAGGUUUAAUGUGAUUCAAUACUCACAUAAAAUGUAUAUAUAAGAAAUUCCUGCAUCUUUACUUUAUAGAUAUAGUGUUAUAAACCACAAACUUUUGUUUUCUGACAUUCUGUGAGAAGCUAACUAUUAAUUUUACUCAAUCAUUUUUUUUAUUCAGUAACCAAUUUUAAAAACUGAAUAUAUAUAUUAAAAAUCUUAGGAUGACAAAUGAAAUAGUAUGUGUGAUGGUGAAUGAUGAAAUGUCCAUAUUUACCAGUCUUUAUGCAUAUUAACCAGAGUGAUUUGAGAAUGUGCAUAUUCCUCAUUGAAUAAUGAAGUUUUGCAAAUUAACUGGUUGAUGUGCACAUUAUCCAAUGGUAAUUAUGCAUGUUACCUGGCAAAUACAGAAUUGUUUCACAGACUUAAGUUAUGCAUAUUUUCCACUUCUGCACAUUUACCACAACAUUUAUAUUUGUCGUCCUAAAAUAUGUUAAACAUAUUGAAAUUUUAUACAUUAAUGCAUUGAUAAAUUUUAAAGUUAUUAUAAAUGUUAAGGCCACAGUUUUGAAUGCAGUAAUGCUACUAAUGGUAGCUUGAUUCUGAAUUGUAUAAAACAUGACAUUUGGAAUUGUUGUCAUAUUAUAUGUGCAGCCAAUUGUUCAAAACUUGAUCUUUAGAUACACCAUUAAGUAGUUUGUUACCUGCUUGUUUAGGUGAAGAAAUGAUACAUUGUGUAUGAUGUACACCUACAACCAAUAUGUUUGUCUAAUUUUCAUGCCAUUAAAACAUGUUUUGACUUACACUGAUGACCAGGUUUUUAGUAAUCCAUAACUUUAUGACUAUUCUGUAAAAAAAACAUUAAGAACUAGCAACAUGCUCUUACAUUUAAGCUAAGUUUAAAGAAUAACAUAGCAAAGCGAUAGAUGUUGAUGUUUGAGUGUGUUGUUUUUAAAGAAUAUUGCCUUUUUCAUGUUAUAUACUUCUAGUCGUUUAUUCAUGUUCAAAGUUAUGGAGUCUUGUUCCAUUUUUAAAUUACUUGUUCACCUUUUUUGUAUCUGUGUGCAUGUAUUUAAUUUGAUGUGCAAAGUUGAUGAUUUAUACUAAACUACAUUAGUAGACACACCAGAUGAGUAAAGUCUAGUCAAAUUUAAUGUUACACAUUGAUAAUUUAUGUGAUUAGAAACACACUCUACUACUAAGAGACGUUUUGUUUUUUAGCUGAUGUUGCAUUGUUCUAGUCUCUUUUAACUCAUUUUAGCAACAUUAGAGGAAGUGAGAAAACCUUAGCAUGAUAAUCACUCUGAGGAUUUUUGUUGUGUUAUGUGCAAAGGCUUUUGUUUAACCAUGUAAAUUUUGUCUUCUGCAGUGGAAACUUUUUUGUUUAUCUUAAAUAUUGUUGUUUUAUUUUCAGUUAGCUUUGCAGUUUAAAAUAUUUCUUACUUAUUAAACAAAGCAAUUAUUAACGUGUGUAAACAACAAACUACACUGAUUUAAUUCAUCUCAAAAACUCAAUAUUACAGAAUUGGAGGGGCGUGCUUUUGUGUUUGCCAUUUUCCUAACGUUAUGAGCCUAUUUCCAAAAUUUAUCAUUAUUUCAUGUAAUAAAAUCUAUUGAAUUGUUAGUAAAGUAAUUAAUGAUCCCAGCUAAAAAUAAAAGUUCAAUUUUACUUGUCAUAAGUGAAAAGAGAAAGUAUUGAUUUUUAUUUUAAUAUGAGUAAUUUGUUAAUUGGGUGAAAUAUUAAAACAAGUUUGCCCCUGAAGAAGAAAGAUCAAUGGUAUGAAAGCCCUUAGUUUAUAGGGUAUCAUAUUUACCACAUUUUGUAUUUGUGUACAUAUAUAUAGUAAAGACAUCCUAUUUUCUAUAAAGUACCCCAUAAGUACACUUCUGUUACUUGUGUUUCAGAAGUGUAUUUGUUGUAGUUUUUUUUUUAAUUCUCACACUUAAUAAGAAAUUGUGGUUUCUGACAAGAAUGCUUAGUUUAAAAUGAUAGUUUGAUGUCUGUUGUUGUUCUUAUUUAGUUUCCUCACUUUCUCUUAGUGCUAAAUGCACCUUCUUUUAUCAAAUGAAGUAAUAUUUUACAAAAAUAAUUACAAAAUGAAGAUUAAAGAUGAUUCCCUGGGCAGAAACUUGGUGAUCAUCUCAAGGUCAUUAUGCUUGCUGUCAUCUGUUACUGCUACUUCAUGGAAUAUAUACAAAAAUGGAAUAAUGAAAAGUUUAUAUACAUGGGUGUUGUUUGAUACUGGAUUUCAAAGGGUCUCUUAUAUAACUUUUUACUUUGUAACAUGAAAUAUAUCUUCCCACAUUAGAAACCAGAAUUAAUCAACAGUUUUGUACUUUGUAUCUUCUUGGUCAACAGAAAACUAUCUUAAUUGAAUGGACUUUAGUUAGAAAUAAUACAAAAAACAACAACACAGCAUUUGGAACUGAUUUACUUGGAAAUUAAUUUGUAACUAGACCAUUCCUUCAGGAGCCUUAAAGUUUAAUGUAAGUUUAAUAGUUAUGUAUAUUUCUAAUUAAGAUUCGGUUUUAUGUAUCUGUAAUCUGUUUAUAUGAUGUUGCUAUAAAACCUUUACUUGUGCUCAAUAUGACCAAAUGUUAACAUCUCUCUCUCUCCAAAUGCUUCUGUUGGUGUACAAAUAAUGAUGAUAUUUCAAGAAUUAAUGAUUUUAUGAGUUUUUAAAAUAAAAUGUGUUUGAUAUCAUUUCUCAGUAAUCAUCACAUAUACCAUUUUAUGUUAUAUGUUAGAUAUGUAUAUCUAAUAAUAUAUUAACCCAAUAUAAUAUUAAUCAAAUUUAGCAAGUAACUACAAUAGGAAUUUGGUUGAUUGAAAGCUGAACUUGAUGGCCUUGAAACACCCAACCUUUGUAAUUAAACUAAACAUCUCACUGUGACGAGUAAAGGCUAUAUACUAAUAAGUGUUUAGCAUAUUGUAAUUUGAAUCUCUCUUCUUUCCUAUUAGUUAACUUUUGUUUUUGAAUCACUUUUUAAUAAUUAUUUCAGGAAUGGACUAGAAUGGUAUCAUAAAGGAUAGCUCACAAAAAGCUUUCUCGAUUAGUACUGCCUCCAUCAGUGCAAAAUUUUCACUCACCAUUAGCCUUGUAACUCCUACUUUCUGCGUAUCUUCGUGCAAGUGAUCAUGCAGCAACCCUCCAUAAAUAGGAGUGCGACACUACCCCUAUUGUAAUUAGUGCCCUCUCUAAUAAUGCACCUAUUAAUCACUUCUCGAUUGGCAAUCUUACUGUUAAGAUGUGUUUGUUCUUGCUCACGAUUUUCGUUAUAUUUUCAUUUAGUGCAUUGUUUUUCUCAAUACUUUUUGUUUCAUUUUGUUCAGAUUUUUUUAGAUUAUACUUUGUAAGUAUGUACAUGCAGUUUGAAGUAGUUACAACUCCCACUGCUGUUACUGCACCUGCAGAUUUACUGGCCACACCUUCAGAGUCGGUCCCACAGUUAUUGGUCGAUGAUAUGACUACAAUGAUCUAGAGAGAACUGUCUAAUUUCUUAUAACAUUCACAACCACCUGAGGUGUCUGACAGGGAAGAUGAGACUUCAGACAGCAUUUUUUCCACCUCCUGAAUAUGCUUCUCAGUUGCAUGUUGUAUCGGGGGGCUUGCCCAGGCCUCUUCCUCCAUUUGUUGACUUGAUUAAUCAGGUUUGUUUGAUUUUGUUGUUUUCUUCUAUUUCCUAUAAUUCUAUCCCUGCCCUCGUUGGUGAUGAAUCAUUGGGUCAUUAUCUGGUAUUUUCUUCUUCACCAGAUACUGAGGUUCAUGCUAGUUUUUUGGGGAACAGUUGCGAUCAGGGGUCAAUAUGCCUCGUCCCCCUUGCACAUUGGACAAUCAUGCAUUUGCUUUUCAUCAUGCCAACUACCCAUAUUUAGAUUCCAACAAUGUUUGGAAUCUCUUAUUCUAAUUUCCUUACCCCACCCCACCCUCAGGAUCUAGCUUCAUGCCAGCAUUUAACAAAGGUUGUUCAGAAUUUAAUUCUCAAGGGUACCAUUAAAUGAGGAGAUCCUUAUCCUUCUCAUCUAUAAUUUUAUUUAGGGCUGUUUGUGGUUCUGAUGCCCAGUAAAUGAUUUAUCAUCUCUCAAUCACUUACUUGUUGUUCCCAAGUUUACCAUGGACUUGUACUUAACUCUUCAUUGGGUUUUCCUUCCAGGUUUGUGGAUCACGAAAGUCAAUGUGUUGGAUGCAUAUUUCUUUAUUAAUAUCUCCCCGGCAUACUGAUAUUUCAGUUUUAGGCAUUUGGCUCCCUAUGUGUUCUAUCGAGUUCUCUGAUCAUUUGCUUGACUGCUUCAUUCCCAGGGCCUUCAUUUCCACCAUUACAUGGAUGACUGACUCCUGCUGGCAUCCUCACGGACCGAUUCUGCUUUCCAUACCCAGUUUCUUCUUUGGGAAGCUGCCAGGAUUGGUUGGUUCAUCAAGGUGGAGAAGACAUUCCUCACACCUAUCCAAUUUCUGGUUCAUCUUGGUAUGUUUAUCAAUUCACUUCUCCACUUGAGUAAAAAUAUGAAUCAUUUCAUUUGCAAAGUCUCUUCCUCACCUUCUCCUACUGCACGUGAGGUUCUAUCUCUUUUGGGGACAUGGGCUUCUCUUGAAGCCCUGAUUCCUCCUGGUCGGACCCACAUGCACCAUCUUCAGUGGACUUUAAUCGACCAAUGGAGCUUUGUUUGGGAUCACUUGAAUGCUUUUCUUGCCCUUCCCUCUCCACUACUGACAGACUUUGCCUAGUGGCUGGAUCGGACCAAUACUACCAUGGUGGUUUCUCUUUCUUCUCCUCUUUCAGAUUUUCACCUUUUUAAGGAUGCUUCCAUUUCUGGUUGGGGAGCGUAUCUUGACUGCCCAGAGGUUUUGGGAUGGUGGACUCUUACUGAACCUGCUCUACAUAUCUUGGAGCUUCUUGCUGUUUAGCAAACUGGUUCUUCAGAGACAGGUGGUGAUGAUUCACUCAGACAAUUCAAUGGUGGUACCAGGCAUGGAGGUACUCGGUUGUGGGACCUUUGUUUUCAAACUUUGGAUCUUCAUUAUUUGGCCCACAGUCAUCAAAUUACUUUGCUGGAGUGUCAUAUUCCAUGUUACCUGAAUCUGGUUGUGGAUCCAUUAUCCUGACCUGACAAGGUUCUAUUGACAGAUUGGUCAUUAGAUUCCAUCGUAUUUCAGGAUUUGUGUGCUCAUUGGGGUGUUUCUGUUUCGAACACAUUUGUGUCUCCUCUCAAUACACAACUUCCCCAUUUUUGGUCACCUCUUCCUCCUCCACAGGCAGAUGAAGUGGAUGCUCUAAGCUAGAAUUGGACCGAUUGUUACCUAUAUGUUUAUCCUUUUAUUCGGCUUCUUCCUUGUGUCCUUUUAAUAGUUCUGACCACUUCUUGUUGAGUUCUGUUGGUGGCACCAUAUUGGCCUGCUCAGACACGGUUUCCACUUCUACGAUGGCAGUUGGUGUCACUACCCAUUCCUCUCACUUUGUUUCCCACACUGUCAUGCCAGCCCCUCUAACAUCUUCAUGCUUCUCUUCCAUAUUUGAACCUCAAUGUUGUCCUUCAUGCUCUUGUUCAUCCUUCAUUUGAACCUUUGUUGUCUUGCUUGUUAUAACACCUUUCAUUAAAUUACUUGUUUCUAUUAUUAUUGGCAGAUGGUUGCCAUUGUUCCGGCAUUUUUGCAAUUGAUGUUCAUCAGGUUUCCUUUUCUUUCCCUUCCCUCCAUCUCCCAACUUUAUGACCAUUCAGAUACUGAUUGCCUCCUUUUCCCAGUCAGAACCCAUGCACUGCUCCCUUCCAUAAUUCCCACAUCCAUUUGUUUUUGCAUUGGAAUCCUACCAUUUACUCCAAUUACUCUUAUGGGUUGGACUCACCAGGUUCUUCACUUGCUGGAUUCUUCCUUUUCACUGGAUGGUCAUUGCUUUUUUUGACGUUUUUCCCACCAGAUCCAUCAUUGACCAUGUCCCUGGCUGCUCAUUUCCACCUUCCUUUGGAGGACAUCAUCAGUGCAGAUACUUGGACUAUACCACAUACCUUUACAUCUCACUACCUACAUCAUGUGGCCAUUUCAUGCUCUUUGUUUUCUGCUUACCUCCAGUUGCCAUUUUGCACACCUCUGUUUCUUUGUGACUGGUAAGUGAUCAGUUUCUUUUCCUCUACAGGGGCCUCUUCCUCAUUGGUUAUGGAUCCUGCUCUGUGAUGAGUGGUGCCUGACCAGGUGUACUUAGACUCAAAUCUGCACUGUCCAUCCUGUGAUCAUGCUAGAUGACUAUAACGAUGAGGCUCUUCCUACUGUGGACCUGAUGCACAAUUCCAGAUGUCAUCAGGUGUUGGUUAAUCGACUUUGUCCAAUUGUCAUCUAUGCAUUGAUGUCAACAAUUCAUACGUGACAAAUCAUUACAUGUCGCAUGAGUUACUCACACCUUAGAGAUGGAGUGUUCCAUGGGACCAAUCGUAGUUAUAUUAUUUGCUUCAUAAAUAUGUUCAUUCUAGACCGUACACUCAUGGACUUACCUAGGUAAAGCAGACAAGGAUAACUGCCCUACCACAGACCUGAUGUACAAUUCCAGAUACCACAAGAUGUUCUUUGAUUGACACUAUCAACAUGGUAGCUCUGCUUUUCAAGAUAGGGUAUCACAAUCACCCAUUACACUGUAUCUGGUGCUGUGGCCCUAUGGACUCUCCAAUGCACUUUCCUCCCUUUAUUUGAGUGGAGUAUGAAAGUCCUUGCCACUUACUAGUUCCAAGUUGCUGGGAUCUCCUCCUGAGGGUACAUAAUACCAUUCAGUUUGAGUUGGAUGGUGGCAUUCUGCUAGUGUCAUUGGUGUGACACCCUUUCUACUGCGGACCUGAUGGGCAAUUCCAGAAGCUGCCGGGUGUUGGUUAUAGCACUCUGCCAUGUCUAUUUAGAUAUUGCAGUUUGCCCCUAUGACUGAGGCAUUCCUCCUUCCUACCAUUCUCCAGAUGUCAGUUCCUGGUGGAUCAGGUGUUGGUUGGAGAAGGUCCAGCCACAUAAGUCCUCACAUGUAUAUGGCUGGUACACUCCUCCUACUGUAGACUGGACAAUAAUUUUCCAAUGACCCCAGGUUUUAGUCUGAAGAUGCAACCCCAAAUUGUGGUCCCUCUUCCUUCCUAUAUUGCAGUUCCCAGUGAAUUUGGUGUUGGUUGGAAGCUGGACAAGACACAUGAAUUUCCACAUGCAUAAGGCUGGGUUUCCUAUUCCUACCACAAACUGGAUGACGUUCCCAAUGCCUCCAUGUUUUGGACCGGAGAUGAAUGUCUCCUGAGCUCUCCAUACUUCCUACCAUCUGCUAGAUGUUGGUUUCCGGUGGAUCAGGUGUUGGAAAUUUGCACGUGGAGAUGGGUUCUUGGUAAGGGAACUCGUCUUCCCUCCAAGUACCCAUUUUUGAGGUGAGAGGUAGAGGACCCUCUUCCUACCGUGGGCCUGAUGUACAAUUCCAGAUACCACUAGGUGUUGAUUGAGAUUGAACUCCCAUUUACGGUCUGUCACGCCCUAUCCACUCAACACCUGGGAGUUCCCUUUCCUGCUGAAAUUUUUUGGGGCCCCUCCAUGUUUCCACCCUUUAUGUUUUGGUGAUACAUUCCUGAAGGACAAAGAGUAUACCUGGCUCAGAAGUGGUGCAGUCUCCCACUGGUUUGUUGUUUUUAAUUCCUUACCACACCUCAUGGUCUUUCUUUAGGCACUUUCUAAAGGAGGAUUGUAUUCUUAUUGGUAACAUAUUAUAUCGGAAGUUAACAUUUUCCUAAACUGACAUUUCCCACAUGUCCUCCCCAAUUCCGAUGUAUUGGUUAAUUUGGUCAAGACCAAUCAUGAAGUGAUUAACAGGUGCAUUAUUAGAGAGUGUGCUAGUUAUGAUAGUGGUAGUGUUGCACUCCUAUUAGUGGAUGGUUGUUGCAUGAUCAUUUGCAUACAGAUAUGCAAAAAAAGAAGUGGAAGAUACAGGGCUAGUGGUGAGGCAAAAAGUGUGCACUGUUAGAGGGCAGUAUUAAUCGAGAAAGCUUUUCCUGAGAGGAGGUAAGUAUUUAUCAGAAGUACAUAUUCAAUUUAGGAAAAUGUUAACUUGAAAAAAAAUUAAAUGCUUUGGUUUUUGCAAUUACAGUUGCAAAGUUAUAAAUUGUCUUUAAACAAUAUUGAACAGCUAUGUUUACUAUAAUUAGUAAAUUGUUAUUGUUUAUACUGAAGAAAUAUUCUGUCUGGUAUUGUUUAUACUCAAUAACUAUUCUGUCUGGUGUUGUUUAUGCACAAGAAAUGUAUUAUCUUUUAUUGCUUAUACACAAGAAAUAUACUGUAAUUUUUAUUAUUACUAUUUUUCAUGCCAUAUUUGUACUACAAAAUAUGAUGUAAUACAGGAUAUAAUCAAUGUGAUGAGGGAAAGUUUAUUUUAUUCAAGAUAUAAUAAAUAUAUCAAAAGGUUGAACAGUAAAAGAUUAGAAAAUUAUAGGUAUAAACAAGAUAUAGUAUAGGUAAAAUAAACUGAGAUUCUAAAUUAUAGACAGUAAAGAUUAAAUAAAACAUAUAUCAAAAGCAUUAAAUAGUAAAGUAAAAAAACAAAAACAGUAUAAGUUCAAAACAAUGGACUGAAAAAUGAAACACUAAAUUCUAAGCAUUAGGCUGUAAAAGAACAAUGUAGCAGUACUAAACACUAGACUGCAAUUUACAUUUAUUCACAUCAAUAAGUAAGAAUGAAAUCCAAGCUUGGAGGUUUAUUGGACAGUAUUUAACUUCAUUUGAGAAUCAUAAAACGUUUAUUUUAUUGCUUAAUGGCAAACUGAAAGCUGUAGGACAUUACUGUCAUUUAGAAUCUUUCUUUGAACAGUGGUUACUGUAAAAACAGUAACUGAAAAAAAAGACUAGGCUUUGCUCCUGAUAUGUGCACUAGAACCUGAUAGUUGUGUAGAA